GCCUCUUCUUCCUCUCUUUCCCGCUCAGCUCAGGUACUCGCAAGUCGCUCCGGGUUGUCGUCUCCGCCGGCUUUGGUGGUGGAGGGAAACCUGCUGAAAGAUGGGACGAGCGGGCUUCAGCACCAUGGAGAGCGGACAGCUUCUUUUACUGGGCGCAUUGCUGCUGUCGCUGUCGGUGGGCGAGCAGGAAGGGGAGAACCUGUCGGGUCUGUCGGAGAACCCCGACCGGGCCAUCUUCGCCGUGCGGGAGAACGGGACCACCUGCCUCAUGGUGGAGUUCGCCGUCAAACUGGUCGUGCCGUACGACGUGCUGGCGCUCAACCGGAUAGACCUGAUCACAGAGCAGGCGUCGUUCACGUUGCCUCGCGGCGCGCAGAUCGACGGCAAGUGCGGCCGCACCGAGUCGGAGAUCCACAUCAGCUGGAAGAACAACGCCUACACACUGCGCAUCUUCUUCUCUAAGGAGCUGCGCGCCAAGGGUGCAGAGGUGUGGAAGAUCAGCAAGGUUCAGUUGGUGUACGACACAUCAGAAAGUACUCACUUCAUCAACGCCUACAACCCGGGCAAGCGCACGGCAAGCACCCACCGCCUGUCGGCGUUGGUGACGCCGGCCGGCCAUUCGUACGUGUGCGCCGCCCAGCAGACGCUGACCCUCAUCAGCAGCGACCACCAGAAAGGCGUCACCGUCCACAUGUACGACAUCCAGAUUCAACCCUUCGACAUGGCCGCGGAUUUUGUCUUCAGCGAGCCAUACAAGUGCAUCACAGACCAGCGCGAGCGCCUGGAGGAGACUCUACCGCUCAUCCUGGGUUUCAUUCUGGCGCUGAUCAUCAUCAUCACGCUGACCGUCUACCACUUCCACCUCAAGCUGAGUGCCAGCAACACACCACCGCAGCUACCACGCGACCGCUCGAUGUAUAAGAACAUGUAGUGGACUUCCUUCCGCGCCUUGACCAUCUCCAGCCUGGCACGGAUGUUAGCAUAAAACGCUGUGCAUUUGGAAAGCCAUUUGAUCAUUUAUCCCAUAUCCUUGAUGUCCAUGUCCAUCCAAAAAAAAAAAAAAAAAAGUGUACAAUGAUAUUUUCCUCGAAUGCUAUGCCUAAAAACCUCUGCUGAAAA